CGGUUAUGUGUCCUGGCUGCCAGUCUCACUGGUCAUGUUGUCGUUUGGGAACCAACGAAUCGGCACGUAGGCUCGUCGCUGCUUGUUAAAAAGCUGGAAAAAGAUGUGUCCACUAGUUGCACCUGGAUGCCUCCCGACUGUGACUCUACAAUUCUUCUUGGUGUUGUCGGUUUUAAAAGCGGUGAUGUUUGCUCUUUUUCUUAUGGUUGCUCUGACAUAUCAAGUGAUGCAUCCUUGAAUGUGCUGUUUCGCAUACAUGCUCACGACUUCGACAUCUGUAGUCUUGUUCCAGUCCAAUUUUUUGAAGAUGGUAUUUGCUACUUGGCAACGUCCGGACGUGACUCCUACGUCAAGGUUUGGUCAAUGACUGAUGCCAAAUGUAAAUACACCAACCGCUUUCGAUUCCACCAAAAAGGAAGCGGGAAUCCACAGGAAUCAACUGUACAAUGUAAAGCCUGGAUCUCUCUGGCUGCCACCGGCGAAUCGUCUAGUUCUCCUCCGUCAACUCCCCGUUUACUCGCAUUUGAUCCUAAAGGAGGCUUCUAUACCAUUAAUAGCAUUGAGAAACCGAAGCUAUGUGAAUCUCCUUCCAGUUCGCAACACCAUUCCAGUGUUGUUUUUUCUCUACUUGCAGUCCCCCAGUCGCCAAAACUCUUUGUAUCUUUUGGUAUGGAUUCACAAAUCAUUGUCUGGAAGUGCGAACACAAUGACUGGCACACUCUGCGGCCUGUCGCGAGUCAUGUGUGUAUGUCCUCAAAAAUUUCCUCGAUAAGCCAGGGAUUUGGUGCCUGUAGUCCCCUUGCUGUGGGGCUCUCGGAGGGUUGUGUCUUGCUUCUUAGGAAUGUGGCACCACCUGCACCGAAUUCUCCGAUUUCAAUGACCCGAUUGUCACCCCUUCCACCAUCUGGAAACGCUAUUGGCAUAACAGCGUUGGCAUGGCAUCCAGACCCCCAAUUUGAGAAUCUCUUAGCGAUCGGUAGCAGCAAAGGACAUGUGGAUGUAGUUGAUGUUACCAGACCACAAAAACGUGGACGAACUUUUAACCUGUUGGAGGGUUGUGUCUACCGUGUCGUUUGGGGUCCGCGCUUGUUUAAUGCUUCAAAAGAGGAGGGUGAAGAAAUUGUAACCGAAGAUUCUUCACGUCUGUUUGUCUACGCCAUUUGCAAGGGUUCCGUCUUUUUAUUACUCUCGUCAAAUAAGCCACUCGUAAAUCUUGGAUCAAUGUUUACUACACUAUUGACUCAUUCAUCUGACGUGAAGUUGGCUGAUAUUGCUUUCCGUCAGCUUGGUGAGGAAUCUACGUACUCCUGGUUAAUCGGUUUGGGUAGUGUCAAUGGAGCAGUUAAUCUCUUUGGUCUUUCUCGAAGAAAGGAAUCGAUUAUACCUCUUUCUCGUGUUUUUAUCCACAAAAAGUGCAUUAAUUCUAUGGCUUGGUCACGCCAUCCUGAUAAGUAUCUACUGGCUGUCGGGUCCAAUCAUCCAUUUAUAACCAUUAUCGACGCGACAGACAGUGCAAUGCAGGAAUCCCCUAUGGAGACUCCCACUCAACUGACUAAUUGCCUGGCAACGCUGGAGGGCCAUGGUAACCGUAUCACCGGACUUGAUUGGUCUCCACAUGAUCACGACCUGGUACUUUCAGGGUCAUUUGAUUGCACUGCUACUGUUUGGCGAGUAGGAUUGGGUACUUCAGCUCCGAUUGCCAGCUACCGGAACCACUUUUCCCGUAUAUUUGCCUGUGCCUGGUCUUCUAACCUCCCAGAUUUUGUCUUUACGGGCGAGGAAUUCGGGUAUCUUGUUGGGUGGCAUCCUAGCGCUCAGGAUGCUAAAGCUCCACCUUCUUCCCGCAAGCAUCGCCAGCCCGGGCCAUUAAUUCCAACUAAUGAGCUCGACGAAGUGCAAGUGGUAUUUGAUGAAAAACCACAAGAACCAAUUUUAACCAUUUCGGAAAAGCAAAAUAGGUUUGACGCCUCUUCAUCGAAAAAGCUAUCUCUUCUCCCAAGCCUCUUCACCACCCCAAGUGCCACCAGUUGCUCGAUCCCCGUACUUACAAAUGCGCCUCCGAUCCGGAUACAAUCUCGCUUCUCCAUAGUCAUAGAUUUUGUCUCCUUUAUUAAGGGCAUAUCCAUUCCCGUAGACCGGAUCAUGCCUGAAUUUGAUCUCCUGCACGCCAGUUCAUGUGGUGAAGGAAGAAGACGACUGAUUCAGUUCGUUGAAAAUGAGGCUUUGCGGCAUUUUUCUGCAACUAGUAGUGGGGCAAAUAGACAAUCUCGGUUGGACGCCUACUUAAGCCUCUUACUUUGGCUAGGAAGGGCUGAUGUGGUGGCCGAGAGCUGUGUAGAGACUCAGCACAUGCCAUUUUGGUUGAUGUGGGCACUGGAACUUAUGCUCAAGGGAAGUACCUCACGUUCCAACAUUGGGUGCCUUGUCGAAGGCGAUUCUGUGAAGACUGAUAUUGAGGCAGAUGAUUUUCUUCAGCACAAGGUUCUUCAGUUACGUGACGUUUGCAACGAGUAUAACAGAGCCGCAACACUCUUAGUUUCUGCCGGCCGGACAGCUUACGCAGUCCGUCUUCUCCUGAGUCGUGGCCGGGCCAAGGAGGCUCUCCUCCUCUUCCGUUUGCGUCUCAGUCCCUCAGCGAAUCCAACUCUCCUACUUGAUUGUCUUCAUCUUCUAGCUGAACGCCUGUCACACACUGGGUUGCCGAAUUCAGCCCUUGCUUUUCUCGCCGCCGGACAAUUCGAUCGAGCUGCUGACUCGGUCCGCUCCGCUGUCUCCUCCUCCGAUCCACCACUCGACCACAUUGUUUCACUAUGGACCAGCUCCUUUAUCCUGCCGGAUGAUGAGCUAAUUGACUUUAAGCUCGCGUACUACUGUGUCAUUUACGCAACAAAUAUGACCAUUGAAGAUGAGCGCAAGCAAUUCUUAAUUCAGUGGAAGGCGGUCUUACGCGAAGGGUCAAUAUCCGAGUAUCUACUGAACUGUGCCGCGUUCUUGCUUCUGACGGAGUGGUCGGGAGUCGUCACCCUGCCCAAACAACAGCUAGCACAAAUCGCAAGGGAUCGGCAGCCGAGUCUUGAUGAGACGUUCUGUGUAACGAACGUCGUGGUCGAUUUUGGUGUCGCUUGCCUAACCGACGCAUCCGCACCCCUAGAGAAGUCGCUGGAAACUUUACGAGAAUAUCAUCCAACAACACACACCACCCUACUUGAGAGACUAACUUUGAAGAAAGAAAGGUCCUCUAUUCCCUUUGCAUUUACAAAGAUUUGCACAAUUAUUCAAAAAUAA